CUGAAAUCGGCCAUGGAGCCCAUUAGCACGCCUUCACGUGCCAUGACACGGGUGCGCUCCGAGGAGCCUUAUUCGACCCCCGUGAAGAGUUUCGAGCCCCGAAGUCGUGAAUUGACACCUACGAUCUAUGGAGGCUCCCUUUGCACUAAGGCGGAUUCUUCGUGGUUGCGGAGUUUGGAACAGCAGGUCUUGGACCGUCUCCGCAAGGAUGCAUAUUUGCUUUCUACAUUGAAGCGCAGCAUGCACAAGGACAUGGAAGAGCAACUGCAGCUUGCUCGCAGAGAGCUGGAGGUCUUCUUUGCUAGAGAGCUGCGUGCUCUGCGAGACUCCACCGCCACCACUGUUGAGGUGCAAGCAAUUGCAGCGGAAAUGAAAACGCUGCAUCGGAGCAACGGCAGUGAGAACCUGGCUGAAGCUGUGGCCAAGCUCUGUGGAGAGUUGGAUCACAUCACCAAGGAGGCGGUUACCCAGACCAGCCUUCAGGCGUCCAUGCGAAGUCUUCGGGCAGAGGUGGAAGAGACCCUCCGGAAAAACCAGGGACUCCCAGAAGAUCGGAUACGCAGAGACCAGCAGCUUGCAGAUUUGCAGGACAUUCAAGAUCAAGUCAAGGAGUUGAAGUCGCAACAGGAUCGGUGGGAAGUGAGUCACCGUCAGCGCGAAGAGGACUGUGCUCAGAACUUUGGCUUCUUGAAGGAAGAAUUGGAGCAACAUCGACAACAGAUGAAGAACGAUAAGCAGAUCUACCGGCAGGAUCUGAAGAAGGGCCUCUCCAGCAUCAACGACAAAGUUGAGGCUUUGCGCUUUGACCUGGAUGCAGCGAACGAGAAGUUGAGCAAGUCGCCUGGCGAGGACACGAAACUUCCCCAUGCCUUCAGACACGAGUUGGCUGUUCUCAGCAAUGACCUGGCUGAGCUGAAAAGACAGGUAAAGCAACAAUCCUUGGACCUUCUGAAGAGAAGAGAUGACAAAGACGACCUGGUCGAGGGUGCACUGGGCCUGCGCUUGGCCAACAUCGAGGAACAGGUGUUGACUAUAAAGCCCCAGCUGACACAGAUCUCUCAACUGAGGGAACACGUUGUGAAGCUCUCGAACACUUGGCAACUGCAGGGCGAGGCUUCAUCCAUUGCACAGCGAGUCGCGCAGCUGGAAGGCUCUAUGUUGGAGUUGCAAAGCAGUCGGCGCCGAACUAGCCCCUCACCAACACGGAAGGAGGAGCCGUCUGAGUCGCUGUGGGCCAAGCAGAUGGCUGCCCUGUCCGUGCAGCAGGAUCAGUACUGUGAGCAGCUGGCCAUCGUGGAGGACAAGGUGACGAACCUAUGGCAGUUGACGCCACGUAUUUGUGAGCUGGAGCAUCAGCAGAAGGACUUUUGGCGACUUCAGGAGCAGUUGAAAAGCCUCUCCUUGAAUAUCGACCGCCUGAAUGCAGCUCCAAUGGCAUCAGCACCCAGUAGGGAACAUCUCCUGCUGCAGCUGUCGGAGCAGCGGCAGGUCACUGAACGUCGCAUCGAGCAGCUGAAAGGAGAGUUGCUGCAGUACACCACGUCUGUCGCAGAUGUUCGCGACGAGAUGCGCAGAAUGAUCGGCCAGCAGGGCGAACACUUCCUAAAGCUUACCGGGGAGAACUACUCAGGUUUUCUCGAUAGAUUGGCAGGCUUGGAGAGGCAACUGCACGAACGUGCACCUGAGAGCCAAAAGCUGAAGUCGUUGAUGGAGGAAACGACGUUGAACUUGGAAAGACGCUUGAACUCUUUUGAGCGGCAGCUCAAAGAAGGUCAGACGCGUGCCAUGGACACACGCUUUGAACAUCUCGAUGGGAUUCGAAGGCCGUUGGAAUCGCGGCUGAGCACUCUGGAGCUCCAGCUGCGGGAAGCCCGGGAGACCGAGUCGCCGUCUCCGGAGCCGCGCCUGGCCUCGAUGGAACGCAAGCUGCGGGAGGGACAGGAAGAGCAUGCCAGGCAGCUGCGUGGCUUUGAGGAGCGCUGUGAGCUCUUAGAGACAGCGAUGUCUCGUGUAUCUGGUGCACUUCCGCGUCUCUCCAGUGACAUCAUGCGCGACUGGGAGGCCUUGGCCAACGAACGCUUCGCAGAGGCAAAAGUCACCCAGGAGCUCCAACGUGUGGCACAACGGAUGGAGACACUGCCCGAAUCAAUGGAGCGAUGUGAACAGGAGCUCGCAUUGUACCGAACACGCCUUGACUCCUUACCAGAGGUUGCCACAGCUCAGCAGCUGCAGCGCUUGAACGAGGACUUGGGCGCACUCAAAACGCGCUUGGCUUGUCUGCCCGACAGAGGUGCUGAAAGACUCUGCUCCCUGGAGGAGGCGAUGAAAAGCAUCUCGUGGGAGCUGAAAGAAUUGGCAACGCAGUUCGGCAACGUUGCUCAGAUGCAGUCGCAGAUGCAGAAUUUGGAUGGUCAGAUGGAGAUUGUCACUGGGCUCAUUCAUCGUAUGGAUGCCAUGGGGCGCUUUCUUCAGCAUAUCCAGGACGGCAUGCGUUGUGAGACCUGAGAUCGGGCACAAAGUCGCUUGGCCCAGAUUGGAACAAUGUUACAAUGUUCGCAAAUGUAAGUUCUUUCAGGUAAAGCUGGAAUAAUUGUGCUUGAC